AUGAAGGAGCCGCGCAUCAAGAAGCAUCCUUACUUUUCCAUGAUCGAGUGGGACCACAUCUUCCACAAGCGCUACAUUCCUCCCUACAUCCCGCCCAUCGACCCCGACAACGAGAUUGACACGCAAAACUUUGACGAAGCUUUUCUGGAGAUGCAGCCUACCGUUGCCCACGAAGUCGAUGCUAGCGUCGACAUGGCGGCUGCUGGAGGAGCAGGAGAUGCGGGUGGUCUCGUGGCCCAAGAGACCGUCGAUGGCCCAUCGGAUCGGGCGGGCCCAGGCGUAGUUGCAGGCGCAGUCGCAGAGGCUACGCCGGACCAGAGCAUGGACGACCGCGACGCGUCGGAGCACAGCAACCUCUUCGACGGGUACUCGUUCCGCGGCCGUAAAGACUCCGAGUCGAUCAUCUCGAUCUUGUCCACCGAGCAACCCGACGAUGGCGACACGGAAGCUGCCAUUUCGGCUUCUCCUGUGAAGCAAGCAGCUGUCCUCGGCGUCAAGCAAGCCACUCAACAGCCUUCGCUCUCUUCUGUGGUCACCAAGGCGACGGUUGCCCCUGCCGUCGUUGACCGACAGCCUCCUGCAGAGCUUGUCACGUCGCAGGAGAAGCAUCCGGCCAGGUCUAGCCAGCCCUCUAGCGCCGAUGUCCCGAUCGCUGACGACGAGGAUGAUGAGGCAGCCGUCCGCAAUGCAGCUGCGGUGCUUGCUCAGCUGGAAUACGAAGCUAGCAUGCAGAUGUCCUCGCUUGCUGGUAUGUCGGUUAACGGCGCCGCAUCCAGCGACGCAGUACAGCCGCACAGCCGCGACGCAACCACCAACACCUCUGACUCCCAGAGUGAUUAUGCGGCCAGCCAAGCUCAGAGCUCGCCUGCAAGCUCGUAUGCAAGCCGAUCGGCAGUGCCUCGCAAGAUGGUUCCCUCUGCGGUCGGACGUCCAAGCAACGGUGCUAUCCGCGAGAGCGAUCACGAGGACGAGGAUUGGGAUAUGGUCGAGCUGUCGGGCCCUGAUGGCGAGCUCAAGUCGGAGCUCAACGGGGGACGGGGUACCAAUCUGUUUGCGCGCGGCGUCGUUGACACGUAUCGCCUUCUGCGACGACAGGAAUCGACACGCAUGUCGCCCUCGAUGAGUUAUUCGUCUACCUCGAGCCGUCCCUUCAACCGUCUGGGCAAGCGACGAAACGGUCAAGGCAUGACACUGAUGCGCUCCAAGGCCUCGAUGGGCCAGCUGACCACGGCUGGCAGCAUCAACACGAUUGCGCGAGCUGCCGAUGCGACCGGCGCCAGUGGCGAUGACGCCGAUGGUGAAAAGGAUGCCAUCGAACAGGCAGCCGCUCAGCUUACCGCCACUGGCGGUCGGGCGUCGGUGCUUUCGGCAUCGUCGAACACGGAGCUAAAUCGCCGUUCUGCCGCCUCGCCCAGUCUGUCGGGCAGUGAGGAGAACAAGCAUCAGGCUCGAUUGAAGAAGAUCAAACGCUUUACUACGUUCUUUGAGCCGGCCUCGCAUCGAUGA